UGAAAGUGACAGCUAGUCUCUUGGUCUAGUCUUUUUGCACCAUCGCUAUCUUUGGUGAAGAAUUAGUCCAUUGGACAUAAUUCGCAUUUGCGACGAGGGAAGUGAAAAUUUAAACUUAUCUUACAUAAGAACUAUGGCAAGGCCGGGCAAAGAAGAUGCUUCUGAGGAUGCAAAGAAAAUUGUCGACGAUGCCAAGAAUUUUAUUGAAAAAGCAAUAGCUGAUAUUGGGAAAACAUCAGCAACGAAGCAGUUAAUUUUAGGAACUACGUCAGGAUGGAUUACCGGGUUCUUAUCUAUGAAGAUAGGAAAGGUUGCUGCAGUUGGUUUGGGUGGCGGUGUUAUAUUAUUACACAUUGCUAGCCAAAAAGGCUAUAUUGAUAUCAAUUGGGAUAAAAUCAACAAAAAAGUAGACAAAAUUAGUGACAAAAUUGAAAAGGAAGCAACAGGAAAAUCACCCGAUUGGUUUGAAAAAGUAUUAUUAUUUGUCAAAAAUAAUUCGUAUUACUCUGCAGGCUUUACCGGAGGAUUCUUUUUUGGUAUUGCUUCCGCGUGAUCAUUUAAAUAGAAUGUAGAGAGAUUUGUUGACCGCAAACUGGAUAAAGCUGAAGAUCUACUGAAGAAAAAGGAAGUUAAAGCUAAGCGCUGGGUCAACAAUAUCACGGGAGGAGAUCACUAUCGUGCUACCGAAUCCCAUGUAUUUUUUGCAUCAUUUGUAGCUGGUAUGGCCAUUGGACUCAUCUGUGGAAAAUAAACACUUUUUUAUUACCUAAUCAGUUAUACAUGCUAUUUAUGUAUUUAACCAAAGCAAUUUGCUACUUAACUUACUGUUUACUAGUACACUAGUGGUACUUCGUGUGUAAUAGUAUAAACUGCUUCUAUUUGAUCAAUAUGUAUCGUCGAAGUUAUUUGUACGGUAUUAGGUAUUACUUAUUCUGUAUUCUGAUAUUGUAACUAAUAGAUAAGGACGUCUAAAAAUAUGUAUUAUUAUAUCGAAUAUUAUGUAGGUAUUUCAAUGUUUCCGAAAAUUAGUUUUAUAAAAAAAGUUAGUGAUCUUUUAGACUAGUUGUUAUAAUUAUAUUAUCUACUAAUUGUAAGAUUAUUAUACUCGUUAAUUAAUAAAUUAUUAUCAUUUA